AUGACGGUUGCCUACACUAGCCACGUCGCUUCGAUCGGGGGAUUCAAAUAUCUGCUAUUUCGGUGGCGUGGCAGCGUUUACAAGUUGGUGUGGAAGGACCUGCUGGCGUUUCUCUUGGCCUUCUACCUUAUAAACGCCAUAUACCGCUCGCCUCUCUUAGACCAGGAUCAGAAAGAGUACUUCAUGAGGGUCUCGCGAUACUGCAGCAGCCACAGUUCCCUGAUCCCGCUGUCGUUCGUCCUGGGUUUCUACGUGAACUUCGUCUGCGGCCGAUGGUACAUGCAAUACCGCCUGCUGGCUAUUCCCGACAACCUGGCCAUCACGACGUCGGCGCUGAUCCCCGGCUCGGUGGGAGCAUUACAGGACGAGCGGUCGCGCAUGUUACGCCGUACCAUCAUGCGCUACAUCAACUUGGCCUUCAUCAUCACCAUGCGCCUGUGCUCCGUGACCGUCAAGAAGCGCUUCCCGACGAGCGAGCACCUGGUGGAGGCGGGCUGCUUACUUCCACACGAGAAGGACCUGCUCGACGAACUGGACGACAAGUCCCCCUACUGGUGGGUCUUCGCCAGGCGUUACGCCCUUCGAUUUCCUUUGUCCGUCUUCUCCUGUAAACACCCGCGCGGCGCGUUGCUUGACACUUUACGUCACCUGGAACGUUCUCUGACACGCUCCAGUCCUCUCGAUACGAGUGAUAUGCUGUUUCUCUUUGCUCCUGUUAUCCAUGCUCUUUUCUUUUUUCUAGAGAUAUUUGCAAAUAUUCUAGACCUUAUAUACUGUUAUCGACGUUCACUGUUGCCAAACUCGCUUCACAAGCACUGGCUGCCGCUGCUCUGGGCGAAAACAUUAGUGCUGAGAGCAUACGAGGAGGGUCUGGCCACCAGCGAAAGCAGCAUCAAAUUCUUCCUGGAGGAACUGACAGUUUACAGAACCAAGAAUGGACGGUUGUUGGGCUACGAUUCUAUCCCAAUCCCACUUGUGUACACUCAGGUUGUGACCCUGGCAGUGUACAGCUUCUCCCUGGUCACUGUCAUCGGAAGCCAGACGCCCGGGCUGGAGCCAAACGACGUGGACACCUACGUGCCCGUCUUCGCCAUCCUGCAGUUCGUGUUCUACAUGGGCUGGCUCCGCGUGGCCGAGACGCUCGUCAACCCCUUCGGCGAAGACGACGACGAUUUCGAGGUCAACAGCCGCAUCGACCGCAACAUGCAGGUCUCGUGGAUUUUGGUGGACGAAGUGCAUAACUUGGUCCCGGAAACUACUCGAGACGUGUACUGGGAGGAGAAGAUACCCGUCAGGCUGCCAUACAACAUCGCCUGCGUCAAGCAAACAGCCCACGUGCCCGAGCGAGGAUCCACGGCGGACAUUCUGGUGAGCGAGGAGGAAUCUCACCUAGACCCAUUGCUCGAUAACACUGUCGAGUCCCGUCAGGGUACGCCUCGUGUGUCCAGUGUCCGUCGACUGAUCCGUCGCCUGAGCCGCCAGAGCAACCAGACGCCACAGCAGUCGCCGGCCCUCCCGUCUCGCCGUUUAUCAGUGAUCGCGAAGACGGCGCUCCACUCGGAGGAUGGUAAGAAAGCUAGGCUCUCCGCUCUCUUCGAGGACAGGGUCUCGAGGCACCACAAUGAUUCCCACUCUACCAAGGUCGUCGUCGACAAUCCGCUGCCUCUUGAAACUCACCUUGCGUCCGGGAAUCGCCCUCUUCCUCGCCACAGCAGCUUUCGCCAUAAUCUCCACAUGAGCCGUCACUGCCAGAGGGCAAAAAUCCGCUCAGAGCCGCGUCACAGCAGCCUUAAUCUGCGGACUCGCUACGGUCUGCCUCGCUCCGGAUUCCUUCACCCCAGUCAGGAGGAACCUGUGCCUUGUCCCACAGCCACUGAAGAAGAAAAUCUCGCUUCCAAGACUUCCCUAAGCUUAGCGAUCCAAGCCUCUUCAGAAGAGGACAACAAAGACGAUCCCAAACCUGUGGACGCUUCACUGACGUCUGCCAGUAACAUUCUUCCUUCAUCAGGAGCCCCGGCUGUGGAGCACACUAGAGUCUCUGACGCUCCCAGUGACUGCAGCUCAUCCACGAGCAGAAAUGCAAAGUCGCGAAAAUGCACGUGCAGAUUUACAAACCGUAAGGAUGUUGUGUCACCCCUGGUACGGCGGCGCGGAGGCUGGGAGGACUUACGGGCUGUGGAAGGGGGAGACUAAAGUACGGGGAAGACUAAAGAAGACUGAAAGAGGGGGCUGCAGACGCUGAAAGGGGGAGACGGAAGGACGCUGGAAGAAGAUGACGCGCGAGGGAAGCCGAGUACCAGGAGCUGAAUGCUAUAAAUAAAUCAGGCGCAGCGACGAAGAUGUGACAUGGCAAA